AUGGUGGUUCAUUCGAAGGAGUGAAACCAUUCAAAUUUACAAAUCUUGGAAGUAUGGUUUAUAUUGGAGAGCAUGAAGCUAUGCUUGAUUUGACAUCAACAAAUGUCAAAGCAAAAGAACGAGGAACCUUUGCAUGGUUAUUUUGGCGAUCGGCAUAUUUUACCAUGACAGUGUCGCUAAGAAAUAAGAUACUAAU